CCUUCCCCAUCUCACUGAGUUCCUUGCAACUCCUCCUCCACCGUGGUCCCGUUCGGCCGGCGGACGUGACGGCGAUGGUGGGCCGGGCGUUGUGAUGGUAACCGGCCAGGCGGGGCCUGCAGUGCCAGGGCUGUCAGUUGCUGCCGGCGGCUCGCCGUGUGGGCUCGGGGGCCUCACCCUGUCUAAGAUCUUUGCUCCCUGCUGCUGCUGUUCCGGCCCGGUAACACUCCCUUGGCUUGGUCAGACCUCACUCACCGCUCGGAAGAAUGAACAAGCAAGAGAUGGCGGACGAGGCUCUCUUCCAGCUAUUGCACACCGAGAUGGUUUCCUACGUGUACAAGUGGGCGGAACAGGGAGAGAUGGAAAGUGGAAGAUAUGUCACUAAACUGGAAAACAUGGGAUUCAGAGUUGGACAAGGACUAAUAGAGAGGUUUACUAAAGAUACAGCACGAUUCAAAGAUGAAUUGGAUGUUAUGAAAUUCAUUUGUAAAGACUUCUGGACAAGUGUAUUUAAAAAACAGAUUGAUAAUCUUCGGACCAACCAUCAGGGCAUUUAUGUGCUUCAAGACAACAAGUUCCGCCUCUUGACUCAGAUGUCUGCAGGAAAGCAAUACCUGGAACAUGCACCCAAGUAUUUGGCAUUUACGUGUGGGCUGGUUAGAGGUGCCUUAUCGAACUUGGGAAUUAAAAGUAUUGUGACAGUGGAAGUUACUACAAUGCCAGCAUGCAAAUUCCAAGUAAUGAUCCAAAAGAUGUAGAAGUUAUUUUCACAGGCACCGUUACUGUUGGGAAACAGGAUUAUUUAAACUAGGAAAGUGUUAUCUCAUAUUCUGUAAAACAGCAUUAUGAUGUAUUUUGUUUACAUGUCUUUUUAGCUAUGUAUAUAAGUUUUGACAUUUGACUUUACUAAUAAAUACAUGUGACUAUCAUGCCAACUGGCAGAAUAAAAAAAUCUACUUCAAAUUAGGGCAAAGGAAUUUGACUCCUGGUCAGGUAUUGUAAGUGUUAUUAUGGAUAAAGUGUAGUACUUUUCUGUUCAACUGAUUACAGGAGCAUUGUAUUUUAAACUCCAAUUUUGAUCGAUAUUUGCUGAAAUUCUGGUUGAAAUGUUGGAAACAUGCAAGUACUCUGUCUGAGUUCUAGAAGACGCUUGAAUAUUUAAAUGUAAUUGCUGCUUAUGUCCAUAGUACUUUUUGUUUUUGUGACUACUUCAGCAUCAGUUGCAGGUUUAACCGUAAAGACAGCGGGGUAUUUUUUGCAAAAAAAGUGGAAUGGUCUAUAGGUUCAUCUCAUUGUAAGGUGUGUAGAAAGAAAUAUGUGGGUAACAAAUGAAUCCAUGCAACUUGUGCAGAGAGACUAUGUAUUGAGCUUAAUAUGAUUUAUUUGUAGUUUGUUAAUCUAAAACAUGGCCAGUUCCAGUAUUAUUGUAUUUUUCCCAUAAAGAUUUAUAUUCAACAGGAAUUAGAUGUUUAACUGAACUAGGAAUGUUAGAGAAAAGAUCAAAAUUGACCAGAAUAAAUUGAGAUCCAAAAACUGGGUAGUUAAAGGAAAACAUUGGGGUCACCCAUUGUAAUUACUUGCUGCUCAUACCUGCAUUGGAACAUGUGACCAUGCCAUUAAAAUCCUAGCUGAUUUGUGAUCUGAUUCUACGACCAUGUCUUUGUUCUGUCUCCAUUAAUAACUUUUGAUGAACUAAGCUGCCGACUCAAAUACCUGCCCAUUAUCCCUACUGCUUGCUGCUAUUGAGCCAACUACUAAAACCUCACAGCUGUUGGCUGGAGACUUGUACACGACUCGCUGCUGCUGAGCCUGUACAACCUGAUUACCUUGUUAUACUCUCAUUUUGUAAUGAUUCUAACCUCAGUUUUUUUUUCACCUUUUAAUUGUUCAUCUUCAAUCCAAAUUUAUAAAAUGUUCUUUGCUUGGAUAAGGAACAGUUAUUUAGGU